AUGCACUCCACCUCUUCGAUCGCUGUCAUCAAUGUGCUGCGCCGUUUGUUCUCCACCCACAGGCUACCGGACGUGCUGGUGAGUGACAACAGCACGCAGUUUACCUCUAGGGAGUUUGCCCAGUUUCUGUCCGACAACGGGAUUAGGCACCUGACGUCGGCCCCCUUUCACCCGGCCUCUAACGGCCAAGCGGAGAGAAUGGUCAGGACGACCAAGGAAGCCCUAGCAAAGUUAACGCAAGGCCUCAGCCUGGUCGAGCUGCUGAUUGGGCGCCGCCUCACCACCCUUUUAGAUCACCUACACCCAGAUCUGAAUGAUCUGAAGCCCCGGCAGCAGAGUGCGCUCCCUAAGAUCCGCACUUAUGAACCAGGCGACAAGGUGUUCUGCAGGAAUUAUGCAGGGGGUCACUUGUGGCUACUAGCCACUGUAACUGAGAGUAUUAGUUCACGAAUGCUUGGCAGGGACAUUGUGGAGCGCUGCAGCGGCAAGUUCGAGUGCUUCGAACCUUCCUCAGAAGACUGGGACUCCUACCUAUCCAGGUUCGAGUUCCAUCUGGAGACACACGACAUUACAGACGAGGCCAAGAAACGGGCGUGCCUCCUGAGUUCCUGCGGGAAGGGGACCUUCGACAUAGCCAGGUCGUUGGUGGCCCCAACUAAUAUAAAGACUGUCACCUACGCUGACAUCACUGAGAAGCUUAAGGCUCACUAUUCUCCACAACCGUCGGAGAUCGCCUGCCGGCACGCUUUUUACAAGCGGAACCAGGCCGGAGGCGAGACCAUCGCAGAUUUCGUGGCGGCCCUUCGCAAAGCCGCACGACCAUGUAAUUUCCACAACGUGGAGGAAGCCCUCAGAGACCGUCUCGUCUGCGGGACGGGAAAGAUCCACGUCACAGUCAACCUCAACGGAGUGCCCUGCAGCAUGGAGGUCGACUCCGGAUCGUCCGUGACCGUCCUGUCCUCCCACACCUGGCAGCGCAUGUUCCCGACCAGGAGCCAGCGGCGUUUGAAAGCCGCUGAAACGCAGGUGGCCGAUUUCCAGGGGAGGCGCAUUCCUCUGGCGGGAAGGGACACCUUUAUGGUCGAAUUCAAAGGGAAAUGUGUUGAAUUGUCAUGUUUGAUUGCCGAGGGUAACCGGGUAAAUUUACUCGGGUUGGAGUGGUUCGAACCACUCGGGAUAGCACUUACUGGGGUGAAUGCAGUAUCGGAAAAUAAAUGGGCUGUACUAUAUAAUGAAUUUCCUGAUGUGUUCGGGGGCGGUCUGGGAAAGUACAAAGGGCCCCCUGUGUCUUUUGAGCUCGAUCCAUCUGUGACACCUAUACGGUUGAAGUAUAGGAAGGUGCCAAUCCCGCUUAAACCACGGAUCGAAGCCGAGCUGGACAAGCUCAUAGCCCAAGGAGUAUUGGAGCCAGUCCCAUUUAGCAAAUGGGAGACGCCUAUAGUCACGCCAGUAAAAUCGGAUGGCUCCAUCCGAAUAUGCGCUGACUAUAAGUGCACGAUCAACCGUGCCUUGCAGCAGCAUUCCUACCCUGUCCCGGUAAUCAGCCACGUCCUGGCGUCACUGGGAGGGGGGAAAGUGUUUGCAAAGUUCGACCUCGCCCAAGCCUACCAACAGCUGCCUGUGACCAGGGAGGCGGCUGAGGCGCAGACAAUCGUCACCCACAGAGGGGCUUUUCGAGUGAACCGGCUCCAGUUUGGGGUAAACGUGGCUCCAGGAGUGUUCCAAGGCCUCAUGGAAGGGUUACUGAGGGGAGUUCAGGGGACUGUCCCUUAUUUUGACGAUGUGUUGGUGGCUGGGAGGUCCGAUGAGGAACUCAUGAGCAGAGUUCGAGAGGUACUGAAACGGUUCUCUCAAGCGGGACUUAAGGUGAAACAGUCCAAAUGUAUAGUGGGUGUUCCCAGUGUGGAAUUUUUGGGGUUCAGGAUCGACGAACAUGGUGUCCACCCCACAGAGGACAAGGUGAGGGCAAUUAAGGAUGCCCCAUGUCCAGGGAACAAAAAGGAGCUCCAAGCAUUCCUUGGACUCCUCAAUUUUUACCACGCCUUCCUCCCCCACAAGGCGUCGGUAGCGGCCCCACUACAUGCCCUCCUGCACAAAGAGGCAAAAUGGCGGUGGGGGUCAGAGCAGGAACGGGCGUUCAAAGGAGUCAAGGCAUUACUGGUGUCCAAUGCAGUGUUGACUCACUACGAUGAUAAUAAAAUGUUGGUGUUGGCUGCGGAUGCAUCUCCUUAUGGGGUGGGGGCGGUGCUCAGCCACUUGAUGCCAAACGGCGAGGAAGCUCCCGUAGCAUUUUAUUCCCGCUCACUGUCAAGCGCGGAGAAGGGGUACGCCCAGAUCGACAAGGAGGGACUGGCGCUUGUUGCAGCAGUUAAAAAGUUUCAUGACUUUUUGUAUGGUCGGAAGUUUCUCCUUGUCACCGACCACAAGCCCCUGUUGGGAAUCUUUGCCCCGGACCGGCAACUUCCCAACAUCAUGUCAGCGCGGAUGCUGAGGUGGGCUCUGUUCCUGUCCGCCUACGAUUACGACCUAGAACAUCGGCCGGGUAAGGCGAUUGGUCACGCGGACGCUUUGAGUCGCUGCCCUCUGCCCGGCCUGGACUCAGACCCAGCUCCAGCUAGCGAGGUGUUAGCGAUUGAUGAACUGUUCCAGGCUCCGAUCACCUCUAAGGACAUUGCGGCUGCGUCCGCUAAAGACAUUGUGAUCUCCAGAGUUUUGAACUGGGUUUGGAGGGGGUGGCCUGUGGGCUCCGUGGAGCCAGAAUUUGCGUGUUACAAAAUGCGUCAAAACGAGCUGUCUGUGUCAAAGGGAUGUCUUUUGUGGGGAAGCCGGGUGGUGGUCCCUCACAAACUCAGGGAAAAAGUGCUGAAAUCACUUCACGAGGGCCAUCCCGGCAUGGUCCAUAUGAAGGCGCUAGCUCGCGGGUAUGUGUGGUGGCCCAGGCUAGACGCCGACAUUGAAGAGUGGGUUCGGGUGUGUGAGCCUUGUCAGCAGGCUAGGCCUGAACCACCAACCGCCACUCCUCAGAGAUGGGAGUCGGCGGGAAAGCCCUGGUCGAGAUUGCACCUCGACUUCGCAGGGCCAGUACAAGGGCAAAUGUUUUUGGUAAUUGUAGACGCUUAUACCAAAUGGUUAGAAGUGGCUCACAUGCGAUCGACCACUUCUAGCGCUGUCGUCACAGUGCUGCGACAGUUGUUUGCCACUCACGGGUUGCCUGACGUACUCGUGAGUGACAACGGCGCACAAUUUACUUCCGAGGAGUUCAGGAGGUUCUUGUCUGAUAACGGGAUCAGGCAAAUGACGGCCGCGCCGUUUCACCCGGCCUCAAACGGGCAGGCCGAGAGAAUGGUGAGAACAACUAAAGAAGCCCUUGCAAAGCUGGUAUGUGGUGAUUGGGGGGUGAAACUAGCUUCGUUUCUCCUGAGACAACAUGUUACCCCUUGUUCGGCGACAGGCCGCAGCCCGGCCGAGAUGUUAAUGGGUCGCCGUUUAGCAACGCUAUUAGACAGGUUGCAUCCAGAUCUGAACGAUCUGAAACCACAACCACAGACCGAGAGUCCGAAGGUCCGGACAUACGAAAAGGGUGAGCAAGUGUAUGCUCGUCUCAGUCAGGGAGUAGUUGUUAAAAUGUAUUACUUCAUCUUAGUCUUUUCUGUGCAAAUUGCUAUUCUAGUGUAUACAGUUGAAUAG